AUGGAAGGUAAAAAGGGAAAUACUAAAGAAAGUAAUCAAGAACAAAAUGUUAAUAAAAUUGAUAAUUAUAAAUUAAGUAAUAAUGCAUUAAAUAGUGACACGCUAAAAGAUAAGCAAGGCAAUGAUAUAUCACGUAAAAAUCUUUUAAUAAAAGAAAAUUAUGAUCGUACUGAGCCCACUGACAGCCAAAUGGAUAAAAAUAAAGAAAGCUUUGAAAAACGAGAAUGCAGCGAUACAAUUAGUGAUAGUUAUGAUAAAAUUAAUCAGCCCACGGAAACUGAAAAUAUAAGUAAUACAUCAGAAAAAAAAAUUAACAGUGAUAUGCAGGCCAAUCAAAUCGAUGUAAAUUCUAUAAAUGAAACGGCAAAUAGAAUAAACGAAUUAAAAGAAAGCAAUCCAAAUGUAUUAACAAACAGUAAAACACCGGAAUCUAUUAAAAAGGACGAAAACAGCAAAAAGUUAAAAGAGUCAUCAAAUAGUGAACACCCUUUAAAUAAUAAUGGAAACAUGAGAGACUAUUACAAAAAGCUACCAAUCGUUAUAAUUGCUAUUGGUAUGGCAGGAAGUGGUAAAACAACAUAUAUUGGAGCAUUAUAUAAUUAUUUAAAAAUCCAAAGAAAAAAAAAAGUAUAUACAAUUAAUCUCGAUCCAGCCGUUAAACAUUUACAGUACCCAACAAAUAUAGAUAUAAGAGAUAGUAUAAAAUACCAUGAGGUUAUGAAAGAAUAUAAACUAGGACCUAACGGUGCCAUAAUGACAUGUUUAAAUUUAUUUGCUACUAGAUUUGAUAAGGUUAUUGAAAUAUUAGAAAAAAGAAAACAUAAAUUAAACUAUAUAAUUGUCGAUACGCCCGGGCAAAUUGAAGUGUUUAACUGGUCAGCUAGUGGGAAUAUAAUUUUAGAAACAUUAUCAGUUAGCUUUCCAGUUGUUAUUAAUUAUAUUAUAGACACUGUUCGAUGUGAAAGACCUAUUACCUUUAUGUCUAAUAUGCUUUAUGCAUGUAGUAUUUUAUAUAAAACCAGAUUGCCUUUCUUAGCUUGCUUUAAUAAAAUUGAUAUCAUUAGGCAUGAUAAAUGCAUUGAAUGGAUGAAAAAUUAUGAUACUUUCAACGAAGAUGUUUUAAAUGACGAAACAUACAUGGCUAGCUUUAGUAGAUCUUGUGCAUUAAUGAUUAAUGAAUUUUAUGAAGGAAUAAAAACUGUAGGGAUUUCGUCAAAAACAAUUGAAGGAUUUAAUGAUAUUAUAAAACAUCUAGAAUGCUUAAAGGAAGAAUUUAUUGAUGAAUAUGUAGCUAUAAUUGAAAAACAAGUAAAAAGAAUUAAAAAAAGAAAGGAAAAAGAUAUCAAGCUAAAGAUGGAAUCUUUGUUAAUUGAAAAACAAAAACAAAUGCCCAUUUCUACAAAUAAUAAUAAAAAUUAA